AUGGACGGCACGAAAUUAGUACAAGCAUCCCCAAGCCGUGAGGCUCUCAAAGUUUUUACUGGGUAUCUCACAUCUAUGUUUACGACUUUGACAAACUGCCGAGCUCAAGGUGUCUGUCAACAAGGUCACAGAGAGGGACAAUCUUAUUGUUACUUAGACUAG